CUGCUUACGCUUUGAAGAUGGCGGCCGAGUUCGCAGGAAAAUCGGAAAGGCCACUUUAUGCUGUCAAAAACACUAUUUUAGGAAUGAGUCCCGUAGUUUUAAGCAUCGUCGUUGCCCUGGUCGUCUUGUUCAUAACAACAGUUCUACUCUUCCGGCGAAGAAGAAACCUCCGACGAGCAGUGCUGAUCGUGGGCCUCUCGGACUCGGGGAAGACUCUUCUGUAUUCUCAGCUUGUCGCGCAGAAAAAAGUCGGCACGUACACGUCCAUAAAAGAAAACACGACAGCCUACGAGGUUCCCAAGAAAGGAACUCUCAACCUGAUUGACCUGCCUGGUAACGACAGGAUGCGAGCGCAGCUCAUCGACCAAUUCAAGAGCCUAGCAAGGGCUGUCGUGUUUGUUGUGGACAGCGUGAACUUCACGCGAGAAGUUCGGGACGUUGCCGAGUUCUUGUACAGCCUUCUUAGUGACAGCGUCCUUUCGCAGCACUGCCCUCCUGUUCUCGUUGUUUGCAACAAGCAAGACUUAGCUUUGGCCAAGUCAUCAAAGGUUGUACAGUCUCAACUGGAAAAGGAAAUGAAUGUGCUUCGUGCCACCCAAGCGUCUGUCCUGGAGUCGACGGAAGGACAGGCCAACAGCAAGGGCUUCCUCGGGAAGAAGGGCAAGGAUUUCCAGUUUUCGGACCUGAAGCCUCUCACGGUCGAAUUUGCAGAAUUCAGUGCCGAAGAACCUCAGGAGUCCCAACUGACAGCCCUGAAGAGCUGGCUAGCCAAAGUGGCUUAGGUGAUCCAGCAUCCUUACUACGUGCCAAGGAGAGAUUGAGAAAAAUGAAGGCUUUAUUUCCGCCCACUUUAAAAA